AUGUCAUUUGUAAAGAGAUCUACCACAGAAAACUACCAAUAAACUAAAAUCUAAACAAUCUUUUUGCUGAAAUUCGCAGAAGUGUUAUUAGAUAAUUGUUAGAUAGCAAUCUUGCAACGUAACACGACAUAUAAGAAGAUUUCAAGCAAAGAUGAAGUAUACGUUUGGAUAUUUGAAGUCUAUAAGGGGUCAAACAUUGGAUGUAACAUGUUGCCCAGAAUACGCGAUUGUUUUGUUCGCAAUAUUGGACUUGUUGUUUUGUGUUCCCGCUACUGCAUAUCAGAUCAUCAUCAACACAUUCAGUGAGGAAACAUGGAAAGAAUCGCACAGUGAACUGUACACUGUAACAAUCGUUCAUAUGGUGCUCACUGUAAUAUUAGGAAUUACAGCAAUCGGAUUUUCGAGAUGUAAUCCAAAAGUACAAACAGGACUGACAAUCACACAAAGAAUAACAAGCAUCAUGUUGUUAUAUUUGAUGAAGAAUGAAAAUUUUGAAACUUUCUUUUCAAUAACAAUAUGGCUGGCAACAUCAUUUGGAAUCACGCAAGUAAUAAGUGAAGCAGUCUCAUUGUCAGUAAACGAUACAUCAAAGAUGACAGAAAGAUCCAGAUUACAGAUGUUUGCUAUGACAUGGAUACCUGCUUCAAUAAUAACAAUGAUCACAACGAUUGCCGCCAAUUUUUUGGGAGAUGAAAAUCUUGAUCUGAGAUAUUUCAUUUUAUACACAUUGGGAAUGGAACUUCUGAUAACAAUUUCAUACUACACUCAAGUAAUAAGUAUGGCAAGUAAUAGAAAAGAUGGCAACAAUGAUGAAAAAAAUAACAACAGAAAAGAUUUCGAAAUGAUUAGUAUUGAAAAAUACGAAGACAACUCAGUUAUUGCACAAAACAUUGUUUGAGAAUUCACUUCUCUGUGACCCACAAAGGAAAUGCAUGAUGGAUCAUCACAGUACAAGUAAAAAAAAAAUCCAAUCAGAUAGUUUACCACUAGUAAAUAUGAUCAUUGUCAAAUUUCCUCACAAAAAUACCAAUAAAGUGUAGACCAAAGCUAAAGACAUGACAUGAGCAAAGUAAAAAGUAAAAAUUUCAUAUUUCUCUUGAAAAUUCUGAAUUUGAAUAUAUCCAUGACAAAGUCCAUAUCUGGUUAUUAAUGUGAACUGAGAUAUCUACGAGUAUUUCUAUUCCAAAUAAUGAAGUAUAUACACCUGUUAAAUGUUACUAUACCUAACGUUGACUGCUAUUCAGGCGUGAUGCCACCAUAUUAUUGGAAAAGAGGACCUCAACUUACUGCCAGAAACCUAUCACCGCUUGCGUCUGUUUAUGACAAUGUUUAUGUACAUUUUGUGUUAUUUCGUUUCAUUCCUGAUUUGUUUUUAUUUUAAAAUAUUUUCACUAUGUAUUACUGUACGAUUCAAUAUUAACAGAAUUUAAGAGCAAUUUGGUAAAACGCUUGCAUUUAUUAGGAGAUUUGAUGUGAUGUAUAAAUUAUCCAUGAGUUCAGGAAAAUAAGCAAUUUUCAGUCUAUAUUAUGCUUCCUAUUGACCUACAGUAAAAUCUGAAACAUAAUCUUUGCAUACCUAUAAGAAAAAGGCCAAGAAUUGCCACAACUGUAUUUGCACCCCACAAAAUAAAAAUUUGUAAAUUUGUAUUGUGAAGUUUUUCUAUGGCAGAUAACUGUCUCUUAAUGCUUUACCAAACAAAAAAGCACAAUUUUGAUCAAAGAGUUUGAAUUUUUAAAAAAAAAUUAUUAUUCUAAAUCAAUUGUAAUUUUAUCAUCAACGUUCUUCAGUAUUGCUUUUUCUACUGCAAUAUAUACUAUUAUAGCGGAA